AUGUUUGCUAGAGCCGUCAGGUCGUCUUGCAGGCGUCUGCCGCAGCGACCGCAAUGCCUCUAUGGACUUGCUCGUAUUAACAAUCAAAACCAACUCCGGAUUCUGACUACAGGCCGCGCGCUCCGAGACAAUCAGAAGACCAACGGAAAUUCUCCAUUAAAAUCGAAGAUAGCUCCGAUAGCUACAGACACAACGAACAAGGAUGAUGGACCGGGUGGUCAGAAAUUGGUCGCGGAGGCGAAAUCAACACCGAAGAAGAAAACGGAGGACAUUCUCAACACAAGCGCGGCUACAAAUAAAGAGCAACGAAAGGCGGAUUGGGCUAUCAUGAAAGACUUGGCAAGGUAUCUGUGGCCGAAGGGCGAUUGGGGAACUAAAUUGAGAGUAGGAACAGCUCUCACGCUGUUGAUCGGAGCAAAGGUCCUCAAUGUCGAAAUUCCCUUCUACUUCAAGAAUAUCGUCGACUCGAUGAACAUCGAUUUCGCAACCGUGGGUGGCACCGCAUACACAGUGGCAGGGKCGAUGAUAAUAGCUUACGGAGCCACGAGAAUUGGCGCCACGGUGUUCCAAGAAUUGAGAAACGCCGUGUUUGCAAGUGUUGCGCAGAAAGCGAUUCGAAAAGUUGCAGGCAAUGUUUUCGAUCAUCUUUUGCGUUUAGAUCUGAACUUUCACUUGAGUCGGCAAACUGGUGGUCUUACAAGAGCAAUUGACCGAGGAACCAAGGGAAUCAGCUUCUUGUUGACGUCCAUGGUCUUUCAUGUCUUUCCGACUGCAUUGGAAAUUUCAAUGGUUUGUGGUAUAUUGACAUAUCAAUACGGCUUCCGAUUCGCAGCAAUCACAGCAGUCACAAUGGUCGCAUACACUGCCUUUACCAUAACAACAACAGCAUGGCGAACAAAGUUCAGAAGACAGGCUAAUGCUGCAGAUAACAGAGGUGCCACCGUUGCUGUCGAUUCAUUGAUCAACUACGAAGCUGUCAAGUAUUUCAAUAACGAAGCCUACGAAGUGUCACGCUACGAUAAAGCUCUCAAGGCAUACGAAGAUGCGUCUAUAAAAGUGACUACGUCUUUGGCAUUCUUGAACUCUGGACAAAACAUGAUCUUUUCUAGCGCUCUUGCUGCCAUGAUGUACCUGGCAGCGGACGGUGUGGCAACCGGGCAAUUGACUGUGGGAGACUUGGUGAUGGUUAAUCAACUGGUUUUCCAACUUUCAGUCCCGUUGAAUUUCCUGGGCUCUGUCUAUCGUGAACUGAGACAGUCAUUGCUUGAUAUGGAGACCCUUUUCAACCUUCAAAAGGUCAACGUCACCGUCAAGGAGCGACCCGAUGCUAAAGUCUUGGACUUGUCACGAGGAGGUGAAAUCCGGUUCGAAAAUGUUACUUUUGGAUACCAUCCCGACCGGCCCAUUCUCAAGAAUGCAUCCUUCACGAUUCCUGCUGGAGCAAAGUUUGCUGUUGUUGGACCGAGUGGUUGUGGAAAGUCUACUAUUCUUAGACUUUUGUUCCGCUUUUACGAUGUUCAAGAGGGCCGAAUUCUCAUUGAUGGCCAGGACGUGCGCGAUGUGACUCUGGAGAGUCUACGAAAGUCGAUUGGUGUGGUGCCACAAGAUAUGCCUCUAUUCAACGACACGAUCGAGCACAAUAUCCGAUAUGGCAGGAUAAAUGCCACCAGUGAAGAGGUCCAGAAAGCUGCAGAGAGGGCACACGUACAUGAACUGAUUCAGAGAUUGCCGGACGGUUAUAAAACAGCCGUUGGCGAGCGAGGCAUGAUGAUUUCUGGCGGAGAGAAACAGCGGUUGGCCGUGUCGCGACUUAUUCUUAAAGACCCACCACUGCUCUUCUUUGACGAAGCGACUUCGGCUUUGGAUACGUAUACAGAGCAGGCACUUCUACAAAACAUCAAUAGCAUUAUCAAGGAAAAACAACGGACAAGCGUGUUUGUCGCACAUCGGUUGCGUACGAUCUACGACAGUGAUCAGAUUCUUGUUCUCAAGGAUGGCCACGUGGUUGAGAGUGGUACGCAUGCACAGCUGCUUGAAACGAAGGGUGUCUAUGCAGAGUUGUGGCAUGCCCAAGAGUUGUCCCUUGCCCAGGACGCAGAUCUAGAGAGAAACCUCGAAGUCGGGCCCGAUUCAGAACUGGCCGAGAACGUAGCACCUACGGAUUCGGCACAGCCGAAGAAGUGA